GUUGCUUCAAAUAAAGUGGAAGAAUCAAAGAAAACAAAUAAACCUAAGAAAAUUCUGAAAAAGUCAAAGACAAAACUAGAACAAGUGCAAGAUACUGCUGCAAUCAAGUGUGUUGUGGAAGUUCCUGAGCUAUUGCAGGCAUCAAAUAGGCCUGUUACGGAGGACUUCCAAAAUAAAGAGGCAACUUUUUGUCCAGAAAGUGCGACAGAGAGUAUAGCAGCUCUACCAAAGGAGUCAAAUGUGUUGACAAAAGUGAAGUUGGUGAACCUGAUAAAAAAGCUUCAUCUAGUGAUCUUGUGAAACAAGAAAAAAAGUUAGAGGAGGCGGAAGAUUUGAAGAAAGCUAAAACGCCUAAGAAGAUUUUUAUAAAGCCAGAGAAUUUUUUUGAGGAAGCACAAGGUAGUGUUGCACAGAAGGAAGAAGAGGAAAAGUCUGAGGAGGAAGAAGAUAUUGUUGCUGUCCCUAUGGUUGAGAAAAUAUUAGAAGAGAGUGAUGCAAGUAUGCUCAAGAGUAAACUUGUUUUAGCUACCGCGGAAGAACCUAAGAAAGCCGAAAGCCCUAAGAAACUUCUGAGAAAGUCAAAGAAAAAAGUAGAGGAAGCGCAAUGUAGUGAUGCAAAAGAGGAAGAGCAUGAUAAGUCUAAGGAAGAAGAUGAGGUUGCUGCUGGUUCUAUGGCUCAAAAAGUGUUAGAAAAUAAUCAAGCAAGUGUGCUCAAGAGUAAGGUGGCUUUAAAUGAGGCGGAAGAGUCAGAAAAAGCUAAAAUAAUUAAGAAGAUUUUCAAAAAGCUUAAGAAAAAAGCUGAGGAAGUGCAAGGUAGUGUUGCUAUUAAGUAUGACACAGAAGUCCCUGAGCUGUUGCAGGCAUCUAAUAAGCCUGUCACGGGGGACUCGCAAGAUGAAGACGUAGCUUUUUGUCCAGAAAGUGUGACAGAGAGUAUAGCAGCUCUACCGGAGGUGGCAAAUGUGCUUGACCAAAGUGAAGUUAGUGAGCCUAAGAACUACGCUUCAUCAAGUGAGAAGGAAUCGAUGAAAGCCAAAACGCCUAAGAAGAUUUUGAUAAAGUCGAAGAAAACUGAAGAGAUAAUGCAAGAUAGUUAUGCAAAGAAGGAAGAGCAUGAUAAGUCUAAGGAAGAAGAUGAGGUUGUUGCUGUUUCUAUGCUUGAGAAAGUGUUAGAUAAUAGUCAAGCAAGCAUGCUCAAGAGUAAAGUUUCUUUAGAUGAGGUGGAAGAGUCGAAGAAAGCAGUUAAGAAGGUUUUGAAAAAGCCGAAGAAGAAAAAAGCUAAGGAAAUCCAAGGUGCUGCUGCGAUCAAGUAUGAUGUAGAAGUCCCUGAUCUGUUGCAGGCAUCUAAUAGGCCUGUCAUGGAGGACUCACAAGAUGAAGAGGGAACUUUUUGUCCAGAAAGUGUGACAGAGAGUAUAGCAGCUCUACCCAAGGUGGCAAAUGUGGUUGACCAAAGUAAAGUUGGCGAACCUAAGAAAAAAGCUUCAUCGAGUGAUCUAGUGGAACAAGAGAAAAAGUUGGAGGAUGAGGAAGAAUCGAUGAAAACCAAAACUUCUAAGAAGAUUAUGAUAAAGUCAAAGAAAAAUGUGGAGGUAGUGCAAGAUAGUGCUGCAAAGAAGGAAGACGAGAAAAUGUCUAAAGAGGAAGAAUAUAUUGUUGCUGUCCCUAUCAUUGAGGAAAUAUUAGAAGAUAGUCAAGCAAGUAUGCCCAAGAGGAAACUUGUUUUUGAUACCAUGGAAGAACCUAAGAAGGCCAAAAGGCCUAAGAAACUUUUGAAGAAGUCAAAGAAAAAAGUAGUGGAAGAACAAUGUAGUGGUGCAAAAAAGGAAGAACAUGAUAUGUCUAAGGAAGAAGAUGAGGUUGCUGCUGUUUCUGUGGUUGUAAAAGUGUUAGAAAAUAGUGAUGCAAGCAUGCUCAAGAGUAAAGUUUCUUUAGAUGAGGUGGAAGAGUCGAAGAAAGCUAAAAAAUUUAAGAAGGUAUUGAAAAAGCCGAAGAAAAAAGCUGAGCAAAUGCAAGGCAGUGCUGCGAUCAAGUAUGAUGUACAAGUCCCUGAGCUAUUGCAGGUAUCUAAUAGGCCUGUCACAGAGGACUCUCAAAAUAAAGAAGUAGCUUUUUGUUCAGAAAGUGUGACAGAGAGUAUAGCAGCUCUACCAGAGGUGGCAAAUGUGGUUGAUCAAAGCGAACCUGUGAAAAAAGCUUCGUCGAGUGAUCUAGUGGAACAAGAGAAAAAGUUGGAGGAUGAGGAAGAAUCGAAGAAAACCAAAACGCCUAAGAAGAAUUUGAUUAAGUCAAAAAGAAAUGUGCAGGUAGGUCAAAAUACUGCUCCGAAGAAGGAAGAGCAUGACAAGUCCAAGGAAGAAGAUGUGGUUGCUGCUGUUUCUAUUGUUGAGAAAGUGUUAAAAAAUAGUCAAGCAAGCAUGCUCAUGAGUGAAGUUUCUUUAGAUGAGUUGGAAGAGUCGAAGAAAGCUAAAAAAAUUAAAAAGGUUUUGAAAAAGCCGAAGAAGAAAAAAGCUAAGGAAAUGCAAGGUACUGCUGCGAUCAAGUAUGAUGUAGAAGUCCCUGAGCUGUUGCAGGCAUCUAAAAGUCCUGUCAUGGAGGACCCACAAAAUGAAGAGGUAACUUUAAGUCCAGAAAGUGUGACAGAGAGUAUAGCAGCUCUACCAAAUGUAGUAAAUGUUGUUGACGGAAACGAGGUUGGCAAACCUAAAAAAAAAAAGCUUUGUCGAGUGAUCUAUCUGAACAACAGAAAAAGUUGGAGGAGGAGGAAUCGAAGGAACCCAAAACACCUAAGAAGAUUUUGAUAAAGUCAAAGAAAAAUGUGGAGGUAGUGCAAGGUAGUGCUGCGAAGAAUGAAGAGGGGGGAAAGUCUAAAGAGGAAGAAGAUAUUGUUGCUGUCCCUAUCAUCGAGAAAAUAAUAGAACAUAGUCAAGCAAGUAUGCUCAAGAGGAAACUUGUUCUAGAUACCGUGGAAGAACUUAAGAAAGCCAAAAAGCCUAAAAAACUUUUGAAAAAUUCAAAGUAGAAAGUAGAAGAAGAUCAACGUAGUGCUGCAAAAAAGGAAGAGCCUGCUAAGUCUAAGGAAGAAGAUGAGGUUGCUGCUGUUUCGAAGGUUGAGAAAGUGUAAGAAAAUAGUCAGGCAAGUAUGCUCAAGAGUAAAGUUUCUUUGGAUGAGGUGGAAGGGUCGAAGAAGAAAUCUUUGAAAAGGCCAAAGAAAAAAGCUAAGGAAAUGCAAGGUAGUGCCACAAUCAAGUAUGAUGUAUAAGUUCCUGAGCUGUUGCAGGUAUCUAAUAGGCCUGUUGUGGAGGACUCUCAAAAUGAAGAAGUUAUUUUUUGUCAUGAGCGUGUGACAGAGAGUAGAGCAGCUCUACCAGAGGUGGCAAAUGUGGUUAACCAAAGUGAAGUUGGUGCACCUAAGGAAAAAGCUUUGUCAGGUGAUCUAGUGGAACAAGAGAAAAAGUUGGAGGAAGAAUCGAAGAAAGCCAAAACGCCUAAGAAACUUUUGAAAAAGUCAAAGAAAAAUGUGGAGGUAGUGCAAGAUAGUGCUGCGAAGAAGGAAGAGCAUGAUAAGUCUAAGGAAGAAGAUGAGGUUGCUGCUGUUUCUGUGGUUGAGAAAGUGUUAGAAAAUAGUCAAGCAAGCAUGCUCAAGAGAAAAGUUUCUUUAGAUGAGGUGGAAGAGUCGAAGAAAGCUAAAAAAAUUAAGAAGGUUUUGAUAAAGCCGAAGAAGAAAAAAGCUAAGGAAAUGCAAGGUACUGCUAUGAUCAAGUAUGAUGUAGAAGUCCCCGAGCUGUUUCAAGUACACCACUCUUUCACUGCUUACUAUUCCUUUAUUCAGUUAGUAACCUGGAAUUUGUAGGCCCUUUUAUUUAUUCCUGCUUUUCCUUGGCAUGUUUUCUUGAUAAAUAUAAAUCAAGAACUAUAAACUGAUGCUAAGUACCUGAGUUUCUGCUCUCCUUGAUCUUUCACGAAGUAUGUUUUAUGUGGGUC